AUGAACAGACAGAAUGAGAGCUCCGUGGCUACAUUCAUCCUUACAGGAAUUCCCCAUGCACCUGAACUGGGAACCACCCUAUUUGGGAUCUUCUCAGUGAUUUAUGUGCUCACUUUGGUGGGAAACCUCCUCAUCUUGCUGGUGAUCAAGGUAGACUCCCACCUCCGCACUCCCAUGUACUAUUUCCUGGCCAACCUCUCCUUCAUUGAUAUGUGGUUCUCCACUGUCACUGUGCCCAAGAUACUCAUGGGUCUCCUCUCCCCAGAUGGUGAGGCCAUCUCAUUUCGCAGUUGUGUGGCCCAGCUCUAUUUCUUCUAUGGUCUGGCAAGCACUGAAUGUUUCCUCUACACAGUCAUGUCCUAUGACCACUAUCUAGCUAUCACUUAUCCCCUGUGCUAUGCUACCUUGAUGAAUGGGAAAACGUGUGCCCUUCUAGCUGCUGGUACAUGGCUCAGUGGUGCUAUCCAGUCAGCAACCCAGACAGCCCUGACUUUCCGCCUGCCCUACUGUGGCCCUAACCAGAUUGAGCAUUAUGUUUGUGAUGCACCACCCAUUCUCAAAUUGGCCUGUGCAAACACCUCAGUCAAUGAGAUGGUAAUCUUUGUUAACAUUGGUGUGGUGGCCUCUGGGUGUUGCUUUCUGAUUUUUCUUUCCUAUUUUUCCAUUGUUUGUGCUAUCCUGAAGAUUCGCACAGCAGAGGGCAGACACAAAGCCUUCCAGACCUGUGUUUCCCACUGCAUUGUAGUUCUCUGUUUCUUUGUGCCUGGUCUCAUUAUUUAUCUAAGACCAGGCUCAAAACAUGUUAUGGAUAGAAUUGUGGCCAUUUUCCAAACAAUGAUCACACCCAUGCUGAAUCCCCUGGUAUACACACUAAGGAACAAGGAGGUAAAGAUGUCUUUGCUGAGGUUGAAAGAUCGAGGGAAUUUUGUAUAA